UUGAAAAGGAGUGUUUUCCGAGAAGAAGGUUUUCCGUAGAGUGAAGUGUGAAGUGCGCGGACGACGGAUUUUGGAGUGGGUUUCGUUGCAACUGUUACGGGUAGUUGGGUGAAGAAUAGUUCCUGACGAACAAUUCGCUAAUAAAGAACGGACUUAGUAUGAGGAGAGUGAAUUGGACUUGAUGCACUGUGAAUGCAAUAAACGUUUAAUUGCUGUUUGUGAGGAUUUCAAAUUAAAGGUGGUGGUUAUUCAAUGCAACGAUUCAAACUACAAAUUGGCAAUGAAACGGGAGAAAAUUAAACAAUUUCGCACUAAUUUGGAAUGUUAAAUAACUUGUAAUUGCGUCACUUUGGAAUUUAGGCUCUACUGCGGAGGCCCUGUUGAAGCUAAUAGCAGAGUAAAGAUGAGUCAGCCUCCACUGCAUUUUCAUUAUCCUUGAAAGUGUGAUUCACCUUUGAAUUCCAACGCGUUUAUGCUCGGGAAGAUUUUCCGUCAGCUCUGGUUCCGGGAGACCCCCUCUUGAUAUUACCAAAUUUUUUUAAGAUCCUCAAAUAAUCGCCUUGGUUCCCUCGUCAAGGAAAUUUUUGAAUAAAUUACAUAUCUUUGGAAGUUCAAUUGAUUAGAGUUACAUCAUAUUGGAAAACCAUGCAACUAUGGUGCCGGUGAAAUACUCAUGUGAUAAUAGAAUUAGUUAAUGGCUAAUAAUAAUUUUGGAAUUGACGUGGGAAUUUCCCUUACAACUUUCCAUUGAAGUGUGAGUUCGCAUAUCUUAAAAUAAGCGGAUAUGGCCCACGAAGCGGAAGAUGAUGUUAAAAGGGAGUUAUUGGACCAUGUCCAGACUGUAAAUGUUAAAAACUCAAGAAACGGUGGCACUCUCAGAAGUUGCGGGGCGUGUUUAGGUAAUGUGAAACUGAAAGCAGCCCUUGGUCAUUGUGGAUUAUUGGUGUCCUUAGUUUUAUAUUGUGCGGCAGGUGGUUGGGUCUUCCAACGAUUAGAAUUACCGAAUGAAAUCAUUCGCCUAGACAACAUGCGAACUAGUUUGAAAGCUUCCAGAGAUACAUUCCUUAGAAACGUUUUGAAUAAUUCAGAUAGUAUUAAUUUCUUUCCCAUUUUAAAAGCGGAGCUAUCAAAAUACGAGCAGGUUGUGCAAGCCGCAUCAACGGAAGGUUUGCUUAUAAUCGCUGAAGAAAACUUUCCGAUAGCAAAGGAAAAUUGGAGUAUUUUGCAGGCAGUUUUCUUCGCUUCCACUGUUAUUACGACAAUUGGCUAUGGAAACGUGGUGCCAGUCACGCAAGCUGGCCGAAUAUUUUGCAUAUUCUUUGCUAUAAUCGGUAUUCCACUUACGCUUACUGUUAUUGCCGACUUGGGAAAACUAUUCGCACGACCUGUUUCAGCAAUUGGACGCAAACUCAGAUAUAGAAAUAAGGAGUCACACUUAACCGGUGCCACUAUAAAGUGGUCGUACGCUCUUUCAUCCGUUCUAUUCCUAUGUGUGUACUUAUCGAUUGGCAGUAGCUUACUUCUAAUUUGGGAGGACGAGUGGACAUUCUUCGAGGGAUUCUAUUUUUGUUUUAUCACAAUGACAACCAUUGGCUUCGGCGAUAUUGUUCCUACGAAACCUAAAUACAUGCUGCUUUGUACCGUGUACAUUCUUAUCGGAUUAGCUUUAACAUCAACAAUCAUUGAAUUAGUUCGGAGACAAUACGCACAGAGUUGGCAACAGUUACAGGCAUUAUCCGGACCAAUGGCUGAUACCCUGCGACGACUUGGAGAGCAAGCGGGAUCUGGGAUCGAUUACAGCUCCAUUCAGAAGGCCUUGCAACUUUCGAUUCCAUCAAUGCCCUCCAUGCCAACGAUGCCCAAGUGGAACUACAGCAUAACAUCCCCAGAGAAGAAGAAUCACCAAAGUGAAAUCGCUGCCCUUCAAGCGAUAACGCAGGCUCUUCUGAAGGAAGUCAAGGAGGCCAAUGAGCAAAUCCAGCAUCCUCCUAAAGUUUUACAAAUUGUUAUAUAUGAAUCGUCCGUUUAAGACGUCGAAAUACCUUUACAAAAUAAGCCAUUAGUAGAAAAUGGUAGGAUCAAAUUCAUUCGAUUCGUUUCAAAUCGAGUUCUUUCUUUCAAAUAUCACUCUGAUGACGACUGCGAUCACGUUGCAUCAAUAAAAUGAAUAA